CACGCGUCUGCACCAUGUGGAUUCUCGAGCAACUCGCGCGUAUCCUCGACAGGCCGCUCUUCCCAUGGAAGAACGUCCUUGUGGGGUUCUCCCUGGGUCAGUUCCUCCUUGAAGGUGUUCUGUCCUUCCGUCAGUACAAGGUUUUGCAGCAGAAGACCCCUCCCAAGGUUCUCGCGGGUGAGGUCUCUCAAAAGGUCUAUGACCAAAGUCAGGCAUACGGUCGCGCCAAGUCCAAGUUCGGUUUUAUCUCAGGUCUCUACGGUCAAAUCCAGAAUAUCGCUUUCGUCUACGGUGAUGUGCUCCCUAAGCUCUGGAGCCUCAGCGGCUUCAUCCUGGCACGGUACCUCCCCGGUCAAUUCCAGGGCGAAAUUACCCAAACGCUACUUUUCAUCUUCGGUUUCAACAUUAUCUCUACUAUCCUGUCGCUUCCUACCUCGUACUACAACACCUUUGUGCUUGAGGAGAAGUUCGGUUUCAACAAGCAGACACUUGGCCUGUGGGUGACGGAUAUGCUUAAGGGCCAGAUGCUAGGCAUUGUCCUUGGAACUCCCAUCAUUAGCGCUAUCCUCAAGAUCGUCCAGAACACUGGCAACUCGUUCUUCUACUACCUGUGGCUCUUCGGAGUCUUUGUUCAGGUCUUCGCGAUCACCAUCUACCCCAUUGUCAUCCUGCCCCUGUUCAACAAGCUGUCCCCUCUGGAGCCCGGUACCAUCAAGACUGGUGUCGAGAACCUGGCCAAGAAGCUGAAAUUCCCUCUUUCUGAGCUGCAUGUCAUUGACGGUAGCAAGCGCAGCGCCCACAGCAAUGCCUACUUCUACGGUCUUCCCUGGAAGAAGCACAUUGUGAUCUACGACACCCUGCUUGAGAAGAGUGAGCCGGAAGAGGUUGUCGCCGUUCUCAGCCACGAGCUUGGCCACUGGAGUCUGAGCCACACCACCAAGCUUUUCGGUAUUGCACAGUUCCACAUGUUCUACAUCUUCGCGCUUUUCUCUGUCUUCGUCAACAACAAGUCUCUGUACCAAUCCUUCGGAUUCGUCAAGGAGCAGCCUAUUAUGAUCGGUUUCCUUCUAUUCUCGGAUGCUCUGGCCCCCAUGGAUGCUGUUGUAAAGCUCCUGAUGAACAUUCUGAGCCGAAAGUUCGAGUUUGAAGCUGAUGAGUUCGCCCAGGGUCUUGGAUUCUCCAAUGAGCUUGCCUCUUCGCUCCUCAAGCUGCAGAUCCAAAACCUGAGCACCAUGGACGCCGACUGGAUGUAUGCUAGCUAUCACUACUCGCACCCCAUCCUUACUGAGCGUCUCGCCGCGCUUGGCUGGAAGGGUGGCAAGGUCACUGAUCUCAAGGCCGAGGACAGUGAGAAGCCUGUCAAGGCUGCUGACCGUGAGCUGUAGAAAGCCAGGG